AACCCUCUCAAACUAAAAAAAUGUUUAAGUUUAAAUAUGCAUAAUUUAAUGAAAACAGCCUCACAUUAAUAAACUAAACGGUCCAAUGACUCGUAUUUUAAAUUUCAUUUAGGGAUAAUCAGAUCCCACCACAUGAGAGAGAGAUCUCAACGAAUCACACACCAUGAACCAAACCGAAACCACCACUGACGACGAUAACAACAAUUCCAAACCGGCCGAAACCGAAUCAACCACCACCGCACCGGAAUGGAUAACCGAAACAAUCAACGGUGGAUCCUUCUGCCACGUAGAUCUCGAAACCGGAACCAACGGCUGGGCUUCACCCCCAGGCAACGUCUUCUCUCUCCGCUCAAAUAACUACUUCACCCCCACAAAACAAAAAUCUCCUGGCGGCGAUUACCUCCUCUCUCUCGCCGCCGUAGACUGGCUCAAAUCCACCACAAAGAAACUCGAUCACAUCCUCUCUCGUCCCGAUAACCGUGUAAUCCACGCUCUCAAAACAUCCCAAUCUAGUAGCUUCAUCUUCGCCGUUAAUUUCCAGGUCCCAGGGAAAGAACACUACAACUUGAGGUUCAAAAUCGUUAGCAAUGUUGUGAAAGGUCCUUGGGUUGUUAAAGCAGCAGCUGGGAAAUUUGGUGCAUUUGUUGCUGGGAAGGCUAUGAAGUGUAGUUAUCAUAGAGGAGAUAAUUAUUUUGAGGUUGAUGUUGAUAUAAGUAGCUCGGCGAUUAUGACGGCGCUUAUUAGGUUUAUGUUGGGGUAUGUUACGUAUUUAAUGGUUGAUAUUGGUUUUGUUGUGGAAGCGCAAACGGAGGAGGAGUUGCCGGAGAGAUUGAUUGGUGGUGCUAGGAUUUGUCAUAUGGAGUUAUCGUCGGCGUUUGUGAUUUAUGAUGAUGUUGAUGGGAAGAAGAGUUCGCAGCAACGGCGGAGAAUGAUGGGUGCGGCGGAAGGAAAUCACAGCGAGGAUGAGGAUUGA